CUUAAGAGCUCUGCUGAGAGUGAACAGGAGACCUGAGAGGAGAGGACCGCCGUGUCACUUUAACUUUGACGCUUUUUUGGAGGACAACAUGGCACUGAGGGACAGUUCGUCAAAGGAGCCCAGCAUUGAGCUGUUCAUCAAGGCUGGUCAUGAUGGCGAGAAGGUCGGGAACUGCCCGUUCAGCCAGCGGCUCUUCAUGGUUCUGUGGCUGAAAGGAGUCAAGUUUACAGUGACCACCGUUGACAUGCAGAAGAAGCCAGAAGAGCUGAAGGAUCUGGCCCCAGGUGCCAAUCCUCCUUUCCUUCUCUACAAUGGCGUCCUUAAAACAGACUUCAUCAAAAUUGAAGAAUUCCUGGAGCAAACCCUCGACCCUCCCAGAUAUCCUCAAUUGACCCCGUUGAACAAAGAGUCCUUUGAUGUGGGCGCUGACAUUUUCGCCAAAUUCUCUGCUUUCAUCAGGAACUAUCCGAACAACUCAUUCCAGGAGAAAGGUCUGCUGCGAGAGUUUAAGCGUCUGGAUGACUACCUGAACUCUCCGCUGCCUGAGGAAAUCGACCACAACUCCAGAGAAACUGUCUCAGUUUCCACAAGAAAGUUCCUUGAUGGCGACCGACUAACUCUGGCAGACUGCAACCUGCUGCCCAAACUUCAUGUCAUCAGAGUAGCUGCUAAAAAGUACUGCAACUUCGAUAUUCCAGCCCAGUUCACCGGAGUGUGGCGCUAUCUGCAGAAUGCUGACAAGCGAGAGGAGUUCAAGGAGACGUGUCCGGAUGAUAUUGAAAUUGAGAAAGCUUAUUUAAGUGUGGUCAGAAAAUAAACAAUUGAAUUCCUCCGAUAUACAUCCCACAUAGUGAUUCAAGUUCUUGGUAGUGAACUGUUGUUGGAAAAUGUGUGGAUUGUGAAUUGUGGAGGGUUUGUUGUGUAUAUUGUAAAUAUAUAUGUAUUUUUUAGAGUUUUAUAAUCAGCAAUUCAAAAAACAACUGCAGAUUCCGUAAAUUCAUAAUAAUUUUCCUUUUUUUUAAUGUACCACGAACACUUCUUCACACUUUAGCUGUACUUUGAUGAAAUAAAAUCAUGACU